AGGUGAACUGGGUGGAGCCUUGUGUGAAAAUGGUCAGGGUGACGUCACCCAACUGGGAGCAGUUGGCAGAGUGAAACCAGAUAGAGAGGGAGAGAGGAGAGGUGCGAGCAACAGAGAGAUCAGGGCUUAGUGAGAGGUGGAGGUGAAAGAAGACACAGAGAAGGGGAAGAAGAUUUACCCCCCAGCCACCCAGGAGGAAAAAAAAAAGGGGAACAGUGACCCCAAAACCAGAGCGAGACCCCCCAGCUGGACCCCCUGCCCUGAGGAUGCUGCUGUGGCUGGUUCUCUGUGGGCUCUGCGGAGUCUUGCAGGCUCAAGAUGUCACCACAAAGGACAAGGUGACUGGUAUGUUGGGUGGAGAAGUCAUCCUGCCGUGUACGUUUACCAGCAACGAUCCAUCUGUACACGUAAGCCAAGUCAUAUGGAGAAGAGACGGUGUCAACAUGGCAGCGUUUAGCCCUCAGCACGGAACGCACGUCCAGGACAACGUACGGAUUCAGUUUGUAGACCCGACGCAGACGAGUGCGGCAAUCCGCAUCACAAAACUCCUGGCCGCGGACGAAGGGGAAUAUGUGUGCGAGGUUACCACCUUCCCCGCGGGAAACCGCUUGGCAACUACCCGUCUGACCGUUCAAGCCACGCCGCAAAACUCGGCUGCAGCUGUAUCGGUCGUGGCCGGCGAUCAGGAGAUGACCGUCGCCACGUGCAAGUCGGCCAACGCCAGACCCCCUUCUCGAAUCACGUGGCAGACAACCCUCAACGGCAACGUGACCACAGAUACAACGAACAACACGGAUGGUACAUUCACGACAAUCAGCAACUUUAGGAUAACGCCGGCCUGGACUGCGGACAAAGCUAAAAUCACCUGUGUCAUCACCUACGAGUCAAAGGAAACGCAGAUCCCCUUGGUGUUGUCCGUGCAAUACUCCCCUGUGGUUACCAUUGAAGGAUACGAUGAUAAUUGGCACCUAAAUCGCAACGGAGCUUACCUGACCUGCAAUGCCCAGGGCAAUCCUCCUCCUACGGAAUUCACCUGGAAAACAGCUGAUGGGUCGCCGCUUCCGGAAUCCGUGCACGCCAAGGGCAACAUCCUGUAUGUGGAUCAGGUGGAUGAACGCGUGAACAAAACCUUCUUGUGCGAGGUCACGAAUGCUCUUGGGAGCAGAGCCGGCCAUCAGGAAGUGGUAGUCAGAGAACACGCUGUGAGGACGCAGACAAACCACGCGGGAGCCAUUGCCGGGGGGGUCAUUGGGGGGGUCCUGGUCCUACUUCUUCUGGCUGCCGUCAUCUUCGUCGUCAUCAGGAGGGGUGGUAUGAACAGCUCAAAGGGACGUGGAUCUUACAGCCCCAAAACCAGAGUGUUUGGCACCGGCAAACCUUCUCAGGAGUUCGCCUACCAGGAUGAUUCUGAUCUUGACAGACCACUCAAGAGUCAGGGUCCCAUGAGAGACAGCGGGCUGAGUCCCUCAUUGGGUGAGGAUGACGAGGACGAAGAGGAGAGGAUGAAAUAUAAAGUUUUGGAGGAUGAGGAGGAAGAGGAAAAAUUUAAUGAAGUGGGUCCCAUGUUGCAACUCAGACCACAUCCUCAACUUGACUCCUAUCUGGAUGAUGACAUGGAGUCUCAAACUGAUGGCUCGAUCAUCUCCAGGACAGCAGUGUAUGUGUAACCAUCCAGGUGAUUUAGACUACAGUGUCUCUUUACUUUCACUGGACUGCAGAUUAUGUACAUCUUCUCCUGGACACCUAUACAGCAGGACAUGUGAAACCGAGCCAAACUCAAUCAUUUGGACUACAUUGUCUAUGUCGCGCCAUACUACCAUUGGUCACCAGGAUUACAAUAUGAAUUUAAGUCCCACCUCCUUCAAACCCAUCCUCCAGUCACCUGAGCUGCAGGUACGUGCAAUAUCUUCAUUCUUGCAAUAAGAAGGACCGCACUAUGUGUGAAGGCCUCCUUCCGCUAUCUCCUGGAGACCCCACACCUCCUUCCAUGUUCUCGCUCGGACACACAAAAUUAUCAGGACUUAUGAUGGUCAUGUAGCACCUUCCCCUUCUCCACCAAACCUCCACCAGUGUUCUCAUCCCUACCAGCCACUCACUUGGACUGUUGAAUGGCUAACAUACGAACUUUCCUCAGUAUGGACUUUUUUACAUCUGACUAUGCCUUGGGGGGCACUGGUUGUGUCUGGGAUCGUGGUAGGUGUGAUGGGGAACUGCAUCCUCUCUUGCAGAAACUGCAUUUUUUUUGGUUUGUCAGGAGUGUGGGGGCCACCUACGACUUUGGAGGGACGCAAUGUAUGCCUUUUGUGGGUUUGCACUAAAAGAAAUUAAGAGGGGCUGAUGAAGGAUUAAUGUGAAAUAACUUGAUUGGCUGAGAAGGAAUUUUUUUUAUUUUAAUUUUCUUGUUUUAUUUUUUGUAUUGCUGUAAGAUAUAAACAUUUUAAUAAACAUUAAGUAAAAAGAA